AUGAGGACGCUGUCGCACCCGUCCAUCGUGCGCGCAUUUGAGAUCCACGAGUCCGCGGCAAACGUCGUGGUGUGCAUGGAGUACUGUGAAGGUGGAAGCCUGGAGGACCACGUCAAGAGCUGCGGUGCGCUCGCGCCCGCCGUGGCCACGCCCGGAGCGCUUCAGGUGCUGCAGGCCCUGGAUUACCUGCACAUUUGCCGCCGGAUUGUGCACAGGGAUGUCAAGCCCGCCAACAUUUUGUUGAGCGGUGGCACCGCACAGUUCAAGUUGGCCGACUUCAACAGCGCCAAGCAGAUAGGCAGCCACGACGCGCUCGGCUGCGCCAUGCUCACCUGCCGCGGCACUGCCUGCUACAGCGCCCCGGAGAUCCACGCCGGCCGGGUGUGGAACGAGCGCGUCGACCUGUGGUCCGUGGGCCUCAGCAUCUGCUUCAUGCGCCUCGGGCGGCUGCCCUUCGACGUGGAGCACGCCGGGGUGCGCCGCGCCCUCGCGCGCGGCGCAGCGCCGCCGCUGGACCUCGCCGGCCUCGGGGGGCUCCUGGGCAGCCUCGUGCGGCAGUGCCUGGAGGCCGACCCCGGCGACCGGCCCCCGGCGGUGGAGCUGCUGGCGCACCCGGUGUUCCGCGAGGGCUCCCGGAUCGCCAGCGGCCCUUCGGCCUACGCGGACGAGCUGGUUCCGACGUGUGGCCUGGUGUGGAGGUUGCCUGGCGCAGAGGCUGUCCGUGUGGCCAACUGCCUGGACGGCCACGCUUCGGUGCGCAGGGUGUUCACGUCCCCUCCGGCCGAGCGCGACCAGAGGCCCCUGUGGCGCCGCCUCGCGACCCGGCGGUAUUCCCGCGACGUGUUCAGGACAUCGGUCUUGCCCAGCCGCCGCCAGACCGUAUGCUGA